UAAAGAUUCGACUAGACUGCACACGUAUAUGUGUAUAUAUAUAUGAAGCAAACCCGAUAAAAUUUAUUCAAAAUUAGUAAAGCAGCACAAUGAAGCACUUGUGGAUUAUCAGCGUUCUAAUACUAACAUACUUAUUGCUUCGGCCUGUUACGCCUGCUGGUAUCAAAAUUGGCGAUGGCGGAGAUUCAAGAUUCAAGGAAUUAUGGGACAAAUGGAUGCAAACAUUAUCGAAAUUUUUCCAAGUUACAUGUACUCUAAAAUCAUUAUGGGACUUAUUCGGUGCAAGAUUUCUCGGAACAUCACAAAAUAUGUGAGCACUGCACAUAUGAUGUCCUACCUAUUAGGACAGAUAUAAAGUUCAGUGAACAGUGUUUCUUAGACAUUGAAAUUUCAUCU